AUGGGGAAUUUACCUCCAGAGCGAGUAAAUCCCAACCCUGUAUUUUCUAACACAGGUGUAGACUUUUGCGGUCCAUUUUUGAUAAGGUACAAAAAUCAAAGAAAGGGUAAGUUACAUAAGGUGUAUGUAGCUAUUUUCGCUUGCCUAGUUACUAAGGCUAUACAUCUUGAAAUAGUUUUUGACCUGACAUCACAAGCAUUUAUUGCUUGCCUGAAAAGAUUCUUCUCACGUCGAGGGAAAUGCUCAACCUUAUUUAGUGAUAAGAGUAAAAGCUUUAUAGGAGCCAACAAAGAAUUGAAAAAACUCGCUUCACUUGUUAAUUUUCCUGAUGAAAUUUUAUCAAGGUUUUUGGCAAUGGAAAAUAUUUCCUGGAAAUUUCUUCCCCCUCGAGCCCCUAAUUUUGGAGGACUCUGGGAGUCUGGAGUUAAGUCCUUCAAGCAUCAUCUAAAAAGAACUGUUGCUGAUGCAAAAUUAUUUUAUGAGGAAUUUUUAACUGUUAUUACUCAAAUAGAAGGCAUCCUUAACUCAAGACCUAUUCCACCUUUUAAAUGGUGUCUUGGAAAAAUAAGCCAAGUUAUACCCGGACAGGACGGCAAAAUUCGUGUUGUAAUUGUCAAAACUAAAAAUGGUCAUUUUAAAAGACCAAUCUCUAAAAUUUGCCUCCUACCCAUUGAGACUUGA